AUGUUGUGUAUUUCACGAUUUAGCCCCGUAUCAAGUGGAAUAGGGUCUAAGUUAUUUACAAAUCCUAUCAUUUAUAGGCCUAUUGGUACUCUUAUAAAUAGAGCUACGUUUUCUACAACUAUCCACUCACAACAGAAAUUAAAAUUUCAACAACGUGACGGUAUAAUAAACCAAUAUAAGGCUUGGAAUAAUUCUAGUAGCCUGACGAGGUUUGUUAAAAGGGAAAAUAUAUCUAAUUAUCUUCACAGACCCUUACCAAAAAGAAACAUACAUAUCACAAGACUAUUGAAAUUUCAAGUUUCCAAAAAUAGACAUUCCUCCUUCUUUGAAAACGGACGUCCACCACCAUCCCCAAUCCGAGUGUUCAGGAUACCAUAUCCAGCAGUGUUUUUAGGUUCCUUUGUAUUUUUAGUGUUGUUCUUUAUGAUAAUACCUAUCCUAUUUCAAUUAUUGUUUCCAAUUAUUGUAGUUGGAAUCUCAGUAUACCAAUUUAGAAAAUGGAGAUCUAACAACUUCUACCGUGCAAUUAUGAAAAAAUUACCAGAUAGUUCAAUUAAAGUAAGCUAUAAGACCCUGAACUCAUUAGCGUACCGUUUUUUUCCAAGUACAUUCUUAAAAGAAUUCAAUGUAAAUACAGCUGAUGCUGAUGCCAUGAUGGGGAUGAUCCAAAAUAGAGUAAUCGAAGCAUUCAACAGUAACGAACAAGACAUCGGAUCUCAUUAUUUCCCUGGUAAGGAUAAUGUCAAACAAUUUGAUGAUGUAUUAAAGUUAGAUAUAAUGAAGUUAAAGACUUUUGGAUCCAAGAUUGAUGGUAAUUUCGUGAUGAGCAUGAAGUAUCCAUUAAUGUAUGUUGAAGGAACACAAAAUAACCAUUUUGCAGAUGUUGCAAUUACUUUCUUGGAUGACUCCUUAAAGAGGAACCAAAAGUUCGAAACAAUAUUUGAACUAUCUAAAACACAGGCAACUUGUAGAAUGGUUAUAUCGGUACAAUCUUCAAGUUUUCUUUUCCCUCAACAAUAUAUUAUAUCUACUCCUGGUGAAACGGGAAGCUUUUACGGGAAGUAUAAAGUUAAAACAACUUCAAAUGGGCACAGGGAGUUUACGAUUGAAAAAAAUGAGUAA